AAUUGAGAAAGUAGAACUUUCAACCUAACUUUUCAAUCUACUUUCCUACAUACCUAUUCCCAUUAUUCAUUCUAUAAAGCAAAGCUGGCAAGACUGGAAAAGAAAGCCAGGCUUUCCAAUCUGUGUGUAUCAGCUUUGAGGGGUCAGGAUUUGUUAUAAAAACCUGUUACUGCUCUGCUUUUAAGCAAAAGGGAUUUAAAAAUGUGAAAUUAGUUUUUCAUUCAGUUAUAGUAGAGAUUAAUUUCUAAUAUUAAUUUAUAUUUCUGGCCAUAAACAAGCUAUAUACUGGAAAGUAAAAGCCCAUGACUUUGUGAAAAGACCAGUGAGGCUGAUGUUUAUUUAAAAAGCAGAACUUCUAAGCCAUCAAGAUCUUUGUGUUUUUCUUUUUCUGGUGUAUAACUAAUGUGCCACGAUUUAUCAGGUUCAUCAAGUUUGUCAAGUUCUUGCACAGAGGAAAUGUAUAGACUUCUGCUUAUAUUAACUGACAAUUCUAAUAUACUUUCAUAAGAUUUGAUCCACUAAGUGAAAUUAGUGAGUUUUUCUAUUUACUUGCUGGGGUUUGGAUCAGGCACGUACAGCACUUUCACAGGAAACUAGCACUUCGCCAAUUGAGAUAAAUGUAGCUGCUUUUAUUUUUCUGAGUCUACCAUAUCUUCAGUUUACUCUGAAAAAUAUGAAGACAAGAAUCAUUUCCAUGUAAGGAAUGCAAAAUCUUCAUUAUGUUUUUCUCUUCUCUGCCCUUUUAUUAAGCAACUCUUACCAUUUUAAAUGUUAAUUGAGAGACAGAUUUAUCACUCUCCUCACUUGAUGAGUCUCAUUUAUAGGCUGUGACCUAACAGGCUGACUCUGAGAAAUAAUGCAGAGACAUGAGUAGAGGCAAUCUUGCGAGGGGUUAAUGCUGUAAUCUUUUCCUGUUUAUAAUCCCAACAGUAAUGCAGUAACAGAAGAGGGUGGAUCUAAAAAGUACCCAGGGGGAUGUUUGUGGUGUGGGUGUGGGUGUGUGUGUGUGUGUGUGCAUACGUGUGAGUGUGUACGUGCACACACGCUUUGCUUUUCUGAGCGGCCGUGUGUGCCUCUGGAAUAAAUCUUGUUCAGCCAGAACAGGGCUCUGUGUGCUGGGUGCUCCUGCUGGAGAGUCAGAACAGCGUCCUUGCACAGCUGCCUCUCUUGUAUUUCUUCUGAAGACUUCAUUCAGAAACCAUUUGCUUACUGAAAGCAUGGGCAGAUAGUUACAAACCCACCUUCUUCUUCAUCGAAGCUACCCUGUGGAUACUGAAGAAUGGAAAUAGUUGAUGCUAGUAUCUUCCUUGGGAAUGGUACCAACAUUACUGAUUUCCUCUGCAAUAUCAUCUUGGAAAAUGACACUUUUUUCUGUGUGGAUGAUGCACCUUAUCCUUCUAGAGAUUUGCAUCAGAUAAUACGGAUUCUGCUGUAUUGCCUGAUAUUUCUGCUCAGCAUUUUGGGGAACGUUCUGGUGAUUACGGUGCUGAUAAGAAACAAGCGGAUGAGAACAGUCACCAACACAUUUCUGCUGUCACUAGCAGUCAGCGACCUGAUGCUCUGCCUUUUCUGCAUGCCUUUCACCCUCAUUCCCAACCUGCUAAAAGAUUUUAUUUUUGGAAGUGCUGUUUGCAAAACUGCCACUUAUUUCAUGGGUGUCUCAGUAAGUGUCUCUACCUUCAACCUGGUUGCCAUAUCUUUGGAGAGAUACAGUGCCAUUUGCAAACCACUGCAGUCCAGGGUCUGGCAGACAAAAUCUCACGCCCUGAGAGUGAUUGCUGCGACCUGGUGUGUGUCCUUUAUUAUCAUGUCACCAUACCCAAUCUACAGCAAACUGGUACCUUUCACCAAGUACAACAACACCACAGCAAAUAUGUGUCGGCUCCUUUGGCCAAGCGAUGUCAUUCAACAGUCUUGGUACACUUUUCUGCUACUCACACUCUUUCUUAUUCCUGGGAUUAUAAUGAUGAUUGCAUAUGGUCUAAUUUCUUUGGAACUCUACAGAGGAAUAAAAUUUGAUGCCAGCCAGAGAAAAUCUUCACGAGAGAGAAGAAUAAGUACCUGCAGCGCCAAAUACGAGGAUGGAGAUGGAUGCUACCUCAACAAAACAAAAAAGAAAAGGAAAAUGCCAUUGCAACAGCUCUCUGCUAUGAGCCACAACAAAAUAGAGAGAGUGAGAAGCAACAGCUCUUCUGCCAACUUAAUGGCCAAGAAACUUGUCAUCCGUAUGCUGAUGGUGAUAGUGGUUUUGUUUUUCAUUUGCUGGACUCCCAUCUUCAGCGUCAAUGCCUGGCGAGCCUUCGACACGGCUUCCGCCGACCGGCGUCUCUCGGGGGCUCCCAUCUCCUUCAUCCACUUGCUGUCCUACACUUCUGCCUGCGUGAACCCCAUCAUUUACUGCUUCAUGAACAAGCGUUUCCGCAUGGCCUUCCUGGCCACCUUCACCUGCUGUGCCAGGCAAAAGCCCCCCGCCACACGGGGAGAGGCUGCUGAUGAAGAGGAGGGGAAGACGACAAGGGCUUCCCUCUCCAAAUGUUCUUACACACACAUGUCUGCAUCUGCACCCCCCUGAGCUGCACCAGGGGAGGCAGUGAGUGGUGAAUUGACUGGUCUUGGAAGGUGACUGUGGCUGAACGCCAUUUAGUCCUGAGUCAAUGAAACACUUCAGCUGGCAGUAAACAGAGCAAGAAUUUUAUGGGAAAUUGAUGCUAUCACUGUAUGAGUGUUAAAUCACUUUCCUUCAAAAGUACAAAGGAGGAAGAGAGCUCUGAAGAUAAAGGACUUUAUGAAAAGCCUUAGAAGUUGCUCUAUUUGUAAUAAAGUCCGCUGCAAAAAUUGGUGUCCUUUGCAUCAACAGCUUUGCUCAGUUUUCAGAUGCAGUUCUGAGUAUAAGAUAUUUCCAAGAUGCAAAUAGAUUCUCCUCCAACAUGAAUAUAUGUAACGCAGUCUUCACUUCACUAGCUAUGCCUCAUAAGCAAAAAUCUUUCUGUUAUAUUUGUAGUAUCUUUUCACAUUAUUUUAGCUGAGCUAAUACAUGUUGAGAUAAUUUUGGUGUUACUCUCAUGGGAAUUCUGGAGUGGUGAGAACGGGCUUGUCCAUGUGAAAUUAAUGCUUUUUAGUAAAAUAAUUUCUUUUUUAAAAA